AUGGCAGCCACGACUGCUCUGAGAGUAGCCCAAGCUUUCGAAGAAUGUGAGUACCGGAGGUUCGGUGCACCUUCCCUCAUCAGACAUGACAGGGACCCUCGAUUCAUGAGCGAGGUGUUCCAGUCGUUCACCGAAAUGAUGCAAAGGUCUAGGGAAACGUUGAGCUACCGGCCCCAAGCCAAUGGCCAGCAAGAGCGCUCGGUUAAGACCGUCAUGCAAUCAGUGCGAGUGUACGCGGAAGAUCCACUGCAACAAGACUGGGACGAGAUUGCCGAGAAGUUGAUCUUUGCGAUCAACAACUCAAUGGACACAACGAGGAAAGAGACACCUUUUUCCUCGUCCAUGAGUGGGACGCUCAGUCCACACUCCAAAGCGAUGUCCUCAAACGAGGACUCGGUCGACAGUCAGAUGCACUGGUAUGGCGUCGAGAAGUGA